AUGCUGUUUCAGACCACUUUAGCACUCCUCACACUCCAGGCAAGUAGAGUGGGAUCUGUGCCUUUGGAACGGCGAUCGAUUCCCCUCGUGGACGAAACGUUCGACUAUGUGGUCGUUGGUGGCGGUACUGCUGGAAGCGUGAUCGCGACACGACUAGCAGAGAAUGACUUCAAUGUCGCCCUGAUUGAGGCUGGGGGACACUAUGAACUUGAGUCUCUGGCUGGGUUGCCUCCAGCCGAUGUACUGUUGACGGGAUCAAAUCCUGCUUCCCACUCCUCUGUGGAUUGGGGCUUCGUGACGAGGGAUCAACCCGGUGCUAAUAGGAGGGCAAUCCAUUUCGCCCGAGGGAAAUGUCUUGGGGGAUCGUCCGCGUUGAAUUUUAUGAUUUAUCAACGUCCGACACGCGAGUCAAUGGAACUGUGGGCAACUGUAGUCAAUGACAGUAGCUACAGCUUUGAUGAAGUGCUCCCAUUUUACAAAAAAAGCGUUCAGUUCACGCCUCCAAAUACUGACUAUAGAGCUCAAAAUGCCUCUACGGACUAUGAUGCCGACGCCUACGAAUCGGACGCUGGCCCAUUGCAGGUGUCGUAUGCUAACUUCGCCGAGCCCUUCUCUUCAUGGAUGAGUCUCGGUAUGGAAGCUAUCGGCAUCGAGCAAGCAAAGGACUUCAACCUUGGUACUCUAAUGGGAGCUCAGUAUUGUGCAUCGACCAUCGACCCAUCGAACGAGCUACGAAGCAGCUCCGAGGAAUCUUUCCUAUCCAAGAUCACGCCAAAGUCACUGACGACUUAUAAACAUACCCUUGCCGAGAAGGUAGUCUUCGAUGAAAAUAAGAGAGCAAUAGGAGUCCAAGUGAGAGGUCUGCUGGGCAACAUUAUCACCCUUUGGGCAUCGGAAGAGGUUAUCAUAUCUGCCGGUGCCUUCCACUCCCCUCAACUACUCAUGGUAUCUGGCAUUGGCCCUGAGGACCAGCUAAAAGAGCAUGGAAUCGACAUGAUAGCCAAUCGACCAGGAGUCGGUCAGAAUAUGUGGGAUCAUACAUUCUUUGCUCCUUCGUACCGAGUGCGCGUGACAACAUUCACUGAAUUUGCUACUAAUCUCCUAUACGCGGCUGACCAACUCGUGAAAGGCAUACUCACCAGAAAAGGGCCCUUGACAAGUCCAAUUGCAGAUUUUUUAGCCUGGGAGAAGAUCCCGCAAUUUAUGCGCUCCUCUUUCUCUGAGAGAACGCUAAACGAGCUGGACAAAUUCCCAUCUGACUGGCCUGAAGCAGAAUACAUUUCUGGCGCAGGGUAUAUCGGCAACGCAUCAAAUCUCCUGACAAACCAGCCAAGAGAUGGAUACCAGUAUGCCUCGAUCCUCGGAGUUCUGACUACACCUUUGUCUCGAGGAAAUGUUACUUUGCAAUCCGCAGAUACCUCAGACCUACCAGUGAUCAAUCCCAACUGGUUCGAUGAUCAGGCUGACCAGGAGGUUGCCAUUGCUAUGUUCAAGCGAAUCCGCCAGGCUUUCCAAAGUGAAGCUAUGCAGCCCGUAGUCAUCGGCGAGGAGUACAAUCCCGGUCCACAGUUCCAGUCUGAUGAGCAGAUCCUCGAGUUCAUCAAGGAUAAUAUGAUGACCAUAUGGCAUCCGAGUUGUACUUGCAAGAUGGGAACUUCGGAUGAUGAUAUGGCUGUUGUUGACUCCCAAGCCCGGGUUUAUGGGGUGGAUGGACUGCGUGUAGUUGAUGCUAGCGCCUUUCCUUUUCUUCCUCCUGGUCAUCCUCAGUCGACCGUUUAUAUGCUUGCUGAGAAGAUCGCGGAGGAUAUUAUCCGGGAGUCCUAG